AUGGAAGAAAUCAACAAAGACGAUUAUCCUGAAGAAGUAAAAGAGCAAGGAGCAGCUGCUCUAAUUCUUUCCUGUCUAACCCAUACAAGGGUUACUUACAAAACUGGUUUGGCUUUGGAUAAAUUGAAAAGCAGUAUCUUUGGGAGUGAAAAGAAGCACCAGAACUCAUAUUCCAGCAGAAAGCGUUCAAGCGUUACUGAUGACCAAGAAGUCUUAAGAAGAAACGAUCAAGAAGGUGAAGACAACAAUAAUGCAGCUGCCAGAAACUUGCCAGGACAGCCACCACUACUAAGCUUAGAACAAACUCUCGGGCUUAUUGAUAAUUACGAUCCUCCUAAAGUCCCUUCAAUUCCAGGGUUAACUGGGUUAAUCGGAAAAUGUAGUUCGCCUUUUGAAAAACAGUUAACAGAGAGUGAUUUGAGGGAUGAUCAAAGUAGGCUGUCGAUAAACAAAGCAGAUGCAAAAGAUUACCUCUACCCUUUGCUGAAUGACGAUGAGAAUCUUGCUGAUGGAAUUAAGGUGACUACUUAUGACCCUAAUGGCAAGGAAUUUGAGAUGGUGAUUAUCAUGGGAAAAUAUUCUAUUAAAAAGAAACGCGCCAAAUAUUCCUCUCAGGGUCGUGCAAGGAAGAGAAAAGAUACCAGGAGAAGUAAAUCAAAGAAGCUGCGGCGUCGUGAUGAUUCGGAGUCUUAUUCCGAUGUUGAUUCAAGAAGUUCACUGUCUGUCUCCUCGUUUGAUUCUGAGGAUAGUUACAGAAUUAGAAGGGCUCGUGCUCGGUCUUUGAGUACUGAGGAGUCUCCUCAUUUGAGAAAGCGAAAAGGGUCCAAAAGAAAUGAUGAAAGGAAGAAAACACACGAGAAGAAGACAAAGAAGAGGAGGAAGAAGAAGGCCAGGAGAGAUUCAAGUGUUAGUGAAACAUGGAGCUGUUCUACUUGUCAGAGUCCUAGUAGUCAGAGUGAUGUGAGUGAAUACAAGAGGCAUAAGGGCAGGCCAGAUAGAAGAGAGGAUGAAAAAAGAAAAUUGGCGAAUAUUAGAAGUGGAGAUAAAAGGAGGAGAUACGGAUCAGGAAGCUGUUCUUCAUGUAGUAGACAUGAUGGAAAUAAUGAUUUUUUGACAUCAGAUGCAAUAAUUGGUGAGAACACCUCAAAGCGGCUGAGGUCUGUUAUUAUUCUUCCAGGGCAGGAUAAUGAGGUAAGAGAACUGGACAAGAAUGAGUAUAAAGAGGAGAUAACAUAUGAUCAUUAUGAUUACCCUUCUUCUAGAAGCAAUGAUAGUAAUGAAGGGUUAAACAACAUGGAGAAAAGGCCUAUAGAAGAUGAGAAAAUAAAAGAUGAUGCUGCUUUCAAUAUUGAAGCCGUUGAACUCACAGAAAGUGAGAAGGUUGGAGAGGGUCAACUUACUAGAAAUAAGCUUGGCUAUGACAUUGACAAGGUUGGGACAAAUGAUACUAAAAAGGAAAAGAAUGAGGCUUCAAGGGUCACUGUUGAUAGUGUGAAUGGCGAUGAUCUGGAGACAAUUUUAAGACAAAGGGCUUUGGAAAAUCUGAAAAGUUUCCGAAGUGGACUUGGAGGGUUCCAAAGAAAUGCUCAGAGUGCUGUUAUUCAGAAGGAUAAGUUUGAUGGUACAGUGAAGGCACCAUCCCCUUCGAUGCCUGAACUAGGCCAAAUUAAAUCCCCCACCAAAGGUGAUGGUGCUAGAAUGGUGAGAGAAGAUUAUGCUCAUUCUUCGCAAAAUGAGAAGAUCACUGAUGGAGAGAUUUGUGGCAGUGAAUCUAGCUCUGCUAAGAAUAAUGUUCAUCUACCUGACCAGGUUGCUAUUCCUGGCAGAGACAAGGUUAGUACAAUUGCUAGUUCUAGUAAAAACAAACCACGGUUGGUUACAUCAGCAUUGAGGCAAGCGUUAUCAAAUGCUUCCACCACCCUGAAAGAAACACCUGCGUCACAGGAAGAAACACCUGCUUCACGGGAAGCAAAUCAGGCAAAGUUGGUCGGCGGGAUUAGCAUAGGUAAGAGUGCCACACUGAAAGAGACACCUGCUUCGUUGGAAGCCAAUCAGGCUAAGUUAGUGAGUGGGAGUAAUGUAGGUAAGAACGCAACAGAUGGUGCUCACACUGUCACCUCUCCCCCAGGCAAUGACAAUGAUGACAAAGCCUCUGUUUCUGCUCCUGCCGAGCCUUCUUCCUGCCUUACAUCUGCAGCAGGAGAUGUUAGCUUGAAUAAAUCGCAAGAUGAAGGCAAAGAAGGCUCACAGUUGGAACAGAAGACAAUGUCCGUGAUGCGUGGUGGGGAAAUGGUACAGGUGAAUUACAAGGUUUACAUUCCGAAGAAAACCCCUCCUUUGGCCAGGAGACAACUCAAGCGGUGA